AUCCCGAAACCCAGAGGCGGGGCGAGAGCCAGAAUCCUAAAAACCAUAAUCCCUUUUAGUUUCUUUGUUUUAUAUCUCAUCUUAUCGAGUUCGCGACUCAUUCAGCUGGUGCCGAGAGCUACACAGUGAGAGAGAUAGAGCAGGAGACGAAGCUGCUGCGUUGCUUUGCAAGCAGAAAUUGCGAAUAACAAAUGUCGGAGAAGCUGGAAGAGCAGCUCAAGGAGCUGGGAUCCAAGCUGGAAUCUCCUCCAUCCUCCAAGGACGCACUUCUCAAGCUCUUAAAGCAAGCUGCUACAUGUCUUUCUGAGAUUGAUCAGUCUCCGCCAUCAUCAACAAUGGAAUCAAUGCAGCUUCUGCUUAAUGCGAUUGUCAAGCCAGAACUGCUGAAGCAUCAAGAUCAGGAUACUGAACUUCUAGUUGCAACCUGUAUUUGUGAGAUAACUCGGAUAACUGCACCUGAUGCACCUUAUAGUGAUGAUAUUCUAAAGGAUAUUUUUAACUUGAUUGUUGGCACUUUCAAUGGAUUGAGUGAUACGAGUGGUCCAUCAUUUGGAAGGAGAGUUGUAAUUUUGGAGACACUUGCGAAAUACAGAUCUUGUGUUAUGAUGUUGGAUCUUGAAUGUGAUGAUUUGGUUAACGAAAUGUUCAGUACAUUUUUUGCUGUUGUCAGGGAUGAUCAUCCAGAAAGUGUUUUAUCAUCCAUGCAAACAAUCAUGACUGUGGUUGUAGAAGAGAGUGAAGAUGUUCGUGAUGAUCUUUUGCUUGUUAUAUUGUCUGCACUAGGUCGUAAUAAAAGUGGUGUUACACAAGCUGCCAGGAGACUUGCUAUGAAUGUUAUAGAGCAGUGUUCAGAAAAACUUGAAGCUGGCAUAAAACAGUUUCUUAUUUCAGUGAUGUCUGGAGAUAAUCAGCCGGUAAAAAGUGAAAUUGACUAUCAUGAAGUUAUCUAUGAUAUUUAUCAUUGUGCUUCUCAGAUACUGUCAGGAGUUAUCCCAUACCUCACAGGAGAGCUGUUGACUGAUCAAAUAGACACUCGUUUGAAAGCUGUGAGAUUGGUUGGUUCCCUCUUUGCACUGCCUGGCUCUAUCAUAUCUGAAGCGUUUCAGCCAAUAUUUUCAGAAUUUUUGAAGAGGUUAACUGAUAGAGUUGUUGAUGUUCGAAUGUCCGUCAUCGGAAAUGUUAAGAUCUGUCUGUUGUCGGAUCCUUCGAGACCUGAGGCACCACGAAUUAUCUCUGCACUAUGUGAUCGGCUUUUAGACUAUGAUGAAAAUGUUCGGAAGCAAGUUGUGGAUGUAAUUUGUGACGUUGCUUGUCAUUCUCUUGUUUCCGUUCCUGUUGGGACUAUAAAACUAGUUGCGGAGCGUCUUCGAGACAAAUCUCUGCUUGUUAAAAAAUAUACUAUGGAAAGGCUGGCUGAGGUGUUCAGAGUUUCUUGUGCUGGAUGCUCUGAUGGCUCGAUCGAUCGUUACGAAUUUGAUUGGAUACCUGGGAAGAUAUUUAGGUGUUUCUAUGACAAAGAUUUCAGGUCAGAAACGAUCGAAUCUGUUUUAUGUGGAUCCCUAUUUCCUACUGAAUUCUCAAUCAGAGAUAAAGUUAAAUGUUGGAUAAGAGUUUUCUCUGGGUUUGACAAAAUUGAGAUCAAGGCACUUGAGAGGAUGCUAGAACAGAAGCAAAGGUUACAGCAAGAGAUGCAGAGGUAUCUCUCUCUAAGGCAGAGGCAUCAGGAUAGUGAUGCUCCUGAAAUACAAAAGAAAGUUUUAUUUAGCUUCCAAAUCAUUUCCCGUUCUUUUUCUGAUCCUGUGAAGGCUGAAGAGAGUUUUCAGACACUUGAUCGGUUGAAAGAUUCUAACAUCUGGAAGAUUUUAUUGAAUCUAUUGGAUCCCAAUACCAGCUUCCAUCAAGCUUUUAGUGGUCGGGAUGAAUUGCUUAAAAUACUUUCUGAGAGUCACCAACUCUAUGAUUUUCUGAGUAUGCUCUCUCUGAAGUGUUCUUAUCUACUUUUUAACAAGGAGCAUGUGAAAGAAAUCCUCCUGGAGGUUACUGUACAGAAGUCUGCUGGAAACACACUAUACAUUCGGUCUUGCAUGAAUAUACUUGUGAUUCUUGCGCGAUUUAGUCCAUCACUUCUUGGUGGAGCUGAAGAAGAACUGAUUAAUUUUCUGAAAGAUGACAAUGAAACUAUAAAAGAAGGCAUUUUGCAUGUUUUGUCUAAGGCUGGUAGUACCAUCCGAGAACAACUUGCAGUGUCAUCAAGUUCAAUUGAUCUUAUAUUGGAGAGGCUUUGUUUAGAAGGUAAUCGGAGACAGGCCAAGUAUGCAGUGCAUGCACUGGGAGCAAUAACAAAGGAUGAUGGACUCAAAUCUCUCUCUGUUUUAUAUAAGAGCCUUGUGGACAUGCUGGAGGAAAAGACACAUUUACCGGCAGUACUUCAGUCUCUGGGAUGUAUAGCUCAGACUGCAAUGCCUGUUUUUGAAACCAGAGAGAGUGAAAUUGAAGAAUUUAUUAAAAGCAAAAUUUUGAGAUGCAGUAUUGAUUCAGAUGGCAGUGCAAAAGAAUGUUGGGAUGACAAAAGCGAACUCUGUAUGUUGAAGGUAUUUGGGAUAAAGACAUUGGUCAAAAGCUACUUGCCUGUCAGAGAUGCUCAGCUUCGUCCUGCUAUUGAUGAUCUUCUAGGACUCCUUAGAAACGUACUUUCUUUUGGUGAAAUAUCUGAAGAUAUAAAAUCAAGUAUAGUUGAUAAAGCCCAUUUAAGGCUUGCUGCGGCCAAGGCAGUUCUUCGUCUGUCCCGGAACUGGGACCAUAAGAUUCCUGUUGAUAUCUUCUAUUUGACCUUGAGGAUAGCAGAGAUCUCUUUCCCUCAGGCAAGGAAACAAUUCCUCAACAAAGUUCAUCAAUAUAUAAAGGACAGACUCUUGGAUGCAAAAUAUGCUUGUGCUUUCUUACUUAGCGUACCUGGAUCCAAACAGCUUCAGUUUGAUGAGCAGGAAAAACAGAAUUUUGCUGAUAUCUUUCAAAUGUAUCAGCAAGCAAGAGUUCGGCAGGUUGCCAUACAAUCUGAUACAAGUUGCUCGACGUCUUAUCCUGAAUACAUCCUGCCUCAUUUGGUACAUGCUCUUGCUCAUCAUUCCUGUCCCAACACAGAUGAAUGCAAGGAUGUUAAAGCAUUUGAAUUAACAUACCGGAAAUUGUACUUGAUUAUUUCUUUGUUGGUGAAUAAAGAUGAAGAUGUGAAGUCAGAAGCUUGUGCUAACAGGGAGAAGGAGAGUAUUUCUUUGAUAUUCUCUAUCUUUAAGAGUAUCAAACAAUCUGAAGACGUUGUUGACGCAACAAAAUCGAAGAAUUCACAUUCUAUUUGUGACCUUGGACUUUCCAUCAUGAAGCGCCUAGCUUAUAAGGAGGAUGAUUUGCAAGGGCUUAUACAGUCAGUCUCUCUGCCUCCACUCCUGUACAAACCAUAUGAAAGAAAAGAAGGUGAAGAUUCCCUGGCUGGAGAAAGGCAAACAUGGUUAGCUGAUGAGAGUGUCCUGUCUCACUUCGAAUCCCUAACAUUGGAAUGUGAUGGAAUGAAAGAGAUUUCCAAGGAGGAGAUUCUUGGAGACAGUGAAACUGAAAGAAAUGAAGUGCCUCUCAGAAAAAUGAUUAAGCAAUUAAAAUCCAAAGAAUCCAAGGCUGGGAAAGCUAAAAAGAAGUCUCCCUCGGUCGAAGCAAAAGAUGCGGAAAAUGAUGUUGAUAUUUUGAAAAUGGUUAGGGAGAUAAAUUUGGAUAGUCUACAGAUGUCCAGUAAGUUUGAAUCAACCAACGGUCAUAAACAUUCAUAUACCAAGAAAGAAAAAGUGGAGCAGGAGCAUCAGAAAGGUAAUAAGAGAAAAGGCAAUGUUGCUGCUUCUGUCCCAGUGCCUAAACGCAAGAGGUCAUCGUCUACACAUAGUGCUUCCAAAAUUUCUAGAAGUGCUUCUAAGGUCCCUUCAAGGGAUUCAGGAGAUGACUGGCAUGAAGUUAAAGAUUCCUCGUUUCUAUCUAAGGAAAUGGACAUUGUUAAAUUCCACAAUUCAAAAGAGAAAAUGCCUGCACGCAAAAGAUGGAAUGAGAAUAAAGAUUCUAACUACUUGGUACCGAGCAUUCGGAAGAAAAGAAGCUUCUCAUCAAAAGUCAAAGUCAAAGGCUCUGACUGGAGUCAUAUUGAUGAUGACAAUGAAGAUGAAGCUGAUGAUGAAAAUCUUGAGAAGUCAGACACCAGCAAGUCUGCAGCUGGAUCUAGCAAGAAGCAGAAGAGCAUUGCUGGAUUAGCAAAGUGCUCAACGAAGGAAGAUGGAGUUGAUAUUACAGAUUUGAUUGGUUACAGAAUAAAAGUGUGGUGGCCUUUGGAUAAGCAGUUUUAUGAAGGUACAAUUAAGUCUUAUGACCCUAUAAAGAAGAAGCAUGUGAUAUUAUAUGAUGAUGGAGAUGUGGAAGUACUUUGUCUGGAAAGAGAGCGUUGGGAGCUCAUUGGCACAGACCGCAAGUCUGGAAAGAAGGAAAAUUCAGCGAAAGUCAGUAAGAGCCCUCUGAAGGAAGCGUCUCCUGGGCAGAAAAGUAAGAGCUCAGCUGGUCCACGUCUGAAUAAGAGUUCAGUAAAGACACCUAAGGGGAAAAGGACUCCAAAGAAGAACUUGAAGCAUACUCAAAAGAGUACAUUGAAAGAAGAUGAAGAGAACGCUGGUACGUCAGAAUCCAAGUCCAUUGCUGUUAACGAAAAUCCUAAGAUGAACUCGGAUGAAUCUGGAGCAGACGCCAAAAUGGUAGAUGAGACCGUAAUGGAAAGAGGAGAAUCUGGGAAGAAAGUGGCUUCAGUUUCCCAAGGCAGGUGUUCGGAAGAUACAAAAGGAAGCCCAAAUAAUGACACCAAGGAGUCGGAUGAAGUUAAAUCUGAUGCCGAUGGGAAUCAUUCUGGACAUAUAGAUAGCACUUUAGAAAAUGCUCAAAAGGUGGGUGAGGAAGAGAAAGCAGCCGAUGGAUUAAGUGAAGACUCUAGAGAACCUGCUAGUAAAGCAACUGGACCAGAACCUAAAGAGGCUCAAGAAAGUGAUCAGGUUGGGGGUAAAUCACCGAUCUUGAAGAAAUCAUGGGAAGGACCUCCCUUGACUUCAGAUGUUGCGGAUUCUGGGAUUUCUGACGAUGAGCCCCUUGUACUACAUCUAGCAAGCAAGUGGAAGCAUAAAGUUGGAAAACCAGGUUCCAAAAAAUUGCAGUAGGGGGUUGAAGUUGAACCUCAGUUGCAGUCUUCCUAUGUAGAGGUGGGAAACAAAAGCGGUGCUGUGUCCAUUCAUUUACCGAGCAAGAACCUAACAAGAUCGCAGAAGACAAUGUCCAUCUGACUUUAUGUAAACACUAAUAAAUGUUGGAGUAGUCGCCAUAGUCCUAGACUAGAACAUUGUAGAGAAUGUACUGUAAAAUUAACUGUAGGCAUAUUGGUAUUCCCAUAAUCUGUGGCCCUGUCGGGGGUAAAAAAAACUUAUGUAUGGAUGGUGUAGAUGAUAGAGGAUUCCAAGGUGUAGUUGCAUAAAAUUGAUAGGGCACUUUGUAUAGUUAUAUUUUGGGGAUUGUUUCAUAAGUUUAUUUGAAUCAACCAUAUCAAAUUGGCUAUU